UGUAAAAUCAGUGGGCGUUUCGUGCUGAUUUCCAGGAAUUGGCUACGGCGGACAGGAGAUAAUUGCAGUGGUGACGACCAUAAACUAUUUUCUAAUUGGGAAGGAAGCUUUGAGGAAGGUAUUUCAAAAAUGACAAAGUUGCUGUUGAUUGAUGUUGAUUGUGGAGUCGAUGAUGCUCAAGCCAUAAUGAUGGCGCUGGCAUCUCCCAGUGUUGAAAUCCUGGGAAUUACUUGCUGUUAUGGAAACACAGUGUUGGAAAACGUCUGCAAAAAUGUACUCCGUGUGCUACAAGUUUGUAAAAGGCUUGAGAUUCCAGUUUAUCAGGGUGCUUCUGCUCCCUUACUUGGUGGUCCUGUGGAAGGGGCUUUCUUUCAUGGAAGAGAUGGUUUGGGUGAUGUUCCUGUUCCGAAUGCUCCAGGAUUAGACCAUCUACAGAAAGAACAUGCUGUGAUUGCAAUGUUAAGAAUUGUUAAUGAGAAGCCUGGUCAGAUUUCUCUAGUUGCCACUGGUCCUUUGACUAAUCUAGCUUUGGCAGUGAAAUUGGAUCCAACAUUUCCUAAGAAGCUUAAAAAUAUGUUCAUUAUGGGAGGAAAUGUAGAAUCCAGAGGAAAUGUUACAGUCUGUGGAGAAUUCAAUUUUGCAACUGAUCCAGAAGCUGCGUAUGUUGUCUUAAAUGAGUUCACUUGCCCUACUUAUAUUGCAACAUGGGAAUUUACAUGUCGCAAUUCAUUGUCUUGGGAAUUCUAUCAUGAGUGGAUUAAUCAGGACACCAAAAAAGCUAAGUUCACAGAGAAAAUAUUUGCCCACAGUAUAAAAUUCAUGAAGUCAGAACACGAAAAUACAGGCAACAUCCUAUGGACUCCAGGAUUUGUGUCUUGUGAUUCCUAUGCUAUGGCUGCUGCAAUUGACGAGAGCUUUGUCACAGAAGCCAUAGAAGCUGCUGUAAGUGUGGAGCUGAAUGGCUCACUAACUAGAGGAAUGAUGGUAAUGGAUAUAAAUGGUCUUCUUAAGAAGAAAAAUAAAGCUUUUGUCAUUAAUAAGUGUGACUUAGAGAAGUUCAAGGAACUUCUCAUUGCUGCUUUAAAAUAA